AUGAAUGUCACCUGCAAUGAGCUCAAACUUGAUAUCACAUAUGGAAGGAAAGACUUAAAUAGCUUCAUUUCUCCCAGGCUUUCCUCUUCAUUCUCAUCAACAUACCUCAAAACCAAACAAUCCAACCAACUUCUCAACCUUUCCAUCACCAUCAUGCAGCUCACUCAGCUCCUCCUCGCUACCGGCCUCUUGGCCUCCUCAGCCUUCGCUGCCCCCGCCGACACUUCUGCUAAGUCCAUGAUGGCCAACAGCCCUCAGUGGACCCUCCAAAACACCAAGCGUGUAUGCAACGCCGCGGACACUUCCUGCACCUGGACAUUCGGCAUCUACCCCGGCGCUGGCAGCGCCACUCCCUGCACCUAUGUUGUUGGGGGCAGCCCUGCCUCCCGUGCCAACGGCGGCCCCGCCACCUGCGGCGGAUACACCGUCACUUCCGGCUGGAGCGGCCAGUUCGGUGAGGGGAAUGGCUUCACUACUCUCUCUGUUGUCGACAACGGAUCGCGCCAGAUUAUCUGGCCUGCUUACACCGAUAAGCAGCUUGCUGGUGGUGUGGUUGUCAAACCCGACCAGAGCUACGCCCCUGCUGCUCUCCCUUGA